AUGCAGUUCUCCAUCAUCUCCAUCGUCGCUGCGCUCGCCGCCACCACAACUGCCACAUACGUUCCCAUGAACGGAACUGCCACAGCUUCCGCUUACUACCCUACCGGCACCGGCGCUGCUCAACCUACUGGAGCCAGCCCAACCUCAACUCUCCCCUUCACUGGUGGAGCCUCAAACCUCGGCGGCUCAGCCCUUGGACUCAUCGUUGCUGGCGGUGUUGCUCUCAACCACAUCCUGACGAGAUACCAGAUGCUCUAG